AUGUUACGCUAUUUCUUCUUUGUUUUUUUUCUUGGAUGGAUCGAGUCGCGGAUUGCCACUGAAGCUGAGACGAAAUCAGCAUUGAAUAAAUUAUUAGAACAAGCUGGUGAGAUGAGUAUUGUGGAGAUCAAUGCUGAAGUGGAGAGGAUUAUUUCAUUAUUGCCCGAAGGUCAGCGUCGAGAACAUAUGGAAAUGCGAAAAUACACAUUUGCCGAAGAAAGAGAACGACAGAUAAAGAUUAGGGAAACUCUCCCUCAACUCUCCGUGAAAGCACAACAACGUUUGGUUCGGAUCAUCAUGGUGCAAGAGCACAAACAGCUCACACAAAAUGAGAAAAGAAGAAGGCUCAAUUAUAUUAAACAAAUGAUGAACCCACAAAUUGCCGACGAGCUCGCAAAACAUUUCACUCAACAACAGCUCUAUCGACUCGCUUUU